AUGCCCAUCCUCGGCCUCAAAGCGCCCGGCCCGUCCACCCCAGCCCACUUCUCCCUCGAACCGCUCAUCCGGCCCAAUAUCCUCGCUCUCCAGCCAUACCGUUGCGCACGAGAUGACUACUCUGCUGGCGUCCUCCUCGACGCCAAUGAGAACGCUAUCGGUCCCGCCCUCCCAUCCGCAUCGGCCAAAAAAGUCAAGGUCAAUGGUCACUCCGAUUCCAACGGUACUAGCGGCGCCAGCGCCAGCGCUGAGGACAUCGCCUUGGAAACCCUCUCCCUCCUCCCGCCCGGCACAGACCUCAACCGGUACCCCUCCCCUACCCACGACGAGCUCAAGCGGCGCAUAGCCCACCUCCGUGGCGUGCCCGAUGAGAACUGGGUGUUUCUCGGUGUGGGAUCGGACGAGGUUAUCGAUAUGCUCUUCCGAGUCCUCUGCGUCCCGGGCAAGGAUAGGGUAUUGACUACUCCCCCGACGUACGGGAUGUACAAGGUCACUGCGAAUGUGAAUGAUGUGGGGGUGUUGGAGGUGCCGCUUAUUGCGGAGGGAGGAAAGUUCCAGCUCGAUGAGGAUGCGAUGGACGAAGCAUUCACUGCCAAUCCUGACCUCAAGAUCGUCUUCAUCUGCUCCCCUGGAAACCCUACCGGCACCGUCAUCCCCCUCCCUGCUAUUCGGCGCGUCCUCGAGAACCCCAAAUUCAAGGGAGUCGUCCUCGUCGACGAGGCGUAUAUCGACUUUGCGCCAAGUAACAGCUCGGCUGCGCAGCUCAUCAAUGAGUAUGCGAAUGUCUGCGUUACUCAGACAUUGAGUAAGAGCUUUGGGCUGGCGGCUAUCCGCCUCGGCUACCUCCUCGCACCACCACCCCUCAUCCAAAUCCUCACCAACACCAAAGCUCCCUACAACAUCUCCGUCCCCACCGCCUCUAUCGCCGCCUCGGCCGUCUCUGACGCCGGAAUGGCAGUCAUGGCCGAGGCCGUCUCCACCCUCAACGCGAACCGGGACUACCUCCUCGAAACACUGCCUACCAUCCCGUCCAUCGGCGACAUCCUCGGCGGGAACGAUGCCAACUUUGUGCUCGUUCAGGUUCUUGAUGGGCCAAAGGGCAAAGUCUGCAAUAAUCGGGCGGUGCAGGUGUACAAGACAAUGGCGGAGACGAGGGGUGUGGUGGUGAGGUAUAGAGGAGGGGAGAUUGGGUGUGAGGGGUGUUUGAGGAUCACGGUCGGGACGAGGACGGAGUGUGAGGAGGUCAUCAAGCAGUUGAAGGAUCUGUUGGCUUAG